AUGAUUCAAGAAUAAGAACAUAUUGUCACAUUAGUUAUAAACCAAUCAAUAGAAAUGGGUGAAUUUGGUAUACAAGAAGCAAUUCAACUAUUUGAACUCUAUGGAUUGCCAUAUUAAUAAUUGUUCAAAUCAUAUUUUCCUAUUAACUAAUUUCCAAAGAAAUAUGAAAUAACAUCUUAAACUUUAGGAAAUUAUCCAUUUGUCGAUGUUUAAUUAAAAGACCUAGAUUUGAUUCCAAAAGUUUUAAGUCGAUCAAUUUUGAUUCAUGAUAUCCUAUACACAAUUAGUAGAGGUAAUACAAUAGAUGAGUUACCAAAGAAUCUUUUACCUUAGGCAGCACAUUAUUUUUAAAACCCAAAUUUAUCUUGCAAAUGCGAUAUAAUAACUUCAUAUUUUAAAAUCACAUAGGAAAAGAGAGUAGAAUUAAUUGAGUAUAUUUUUGGAGAGCAGGGAUUUAAUAGUUAAAAUACUAUAAAUUUAACAGAACCAGACAUAUUCUAUUAUGUGAUCAUUACUAAAGAUUAGAAGUAUGUAGUUGGCUGUACUUUGACAAACAAAAAGAAGAAAAGAGAGAAGAAUUUUGCAAGAAAUUAUGAAUUAUCAAAUCGAAUAUAUCUAGGUCCAGUAUCUUUGGCUCAUGAUUUAGCUUUUUUGAUGGCAAAUUAAGCAUAAGUUUAAGAGAAUGAUUUUGUAUUUGAUCCUUUUGCAGGAACAGGAAGUUCUUUAGUUGCUUGUUCUCAUUUUGGAGCUAUUUGUUUUGGUUCAGAAAUAGAUGGAAAUGUAAAUAUAUAUAGUUAAAUUAUUAGUUAAUGAAAGGACAUUGUAUUGGAUACAUUAAUAAAAAGAGUACAUAUUUAAAAGAUCCAAAUUAUUAAUAAGUUAAACCUUUUAUCAAUAUGAAUUUUCAUUAAUAUAAUCUUCCAAUUCCAAAUUUGAUUCAAUCAGAUGUUCAUUUACCUACUUUUAAUCCAAAAAUAGAUUAAUUUUUUGAUGCUAUAAUUUGUGAUCCUCCUUAUGGAAUAAGAGCUUCUAUUUAAUAAGAAGGAAAUGAGCAAGAUCUUUAAGCUAAUAGAACUGCUAUUUAUAAAAGAAUGUUUGAAGUUGCUAGAAAAGUAUUAAGAAAAGGAGGUAGAUUAGUUUAUUUGUAUCCUUUAUUUAAAGGAAUGGAAAAGAAAGUAGAAAAGGAAGAAGGUUUUGAAUUAAUUGAUUUUCGAGAAUAGAAAAUGGUUGAAAAAAGAAGUAGAUUAUUAAUUACAAUGGAGAGAUUGUGA